AUGUCCGACUCUGACUCUGAUGCGCCCGAGGCGAUCACGCUCUCGCAGUCAGCCCGCGUAGCGCGAGGCCGUGAGCAGGCCCUGCAUGAUUUCGCAGCGACCGAAAAACGCAAAGCGAAGGAGCAUAAUCGUGUCCGCGACGAGCGUCUGAAGGCACAGGCUGCGGGCAAGAAGGAGAGGAAGCGACCUGCGGCGAAGAGGAGAAAAGUUGAGGAUACACGUGAGGGGGCGGGAGACAGUGAUCAGGACGACGAGACGCGGAGGUUGCAGGCGAGGAUGGAGAGGGCAAUGGCGGAAGCCAGCGACGAAGAUGAUGGUGAUAGUGGGGAAGAGGACGAGUUCGUGGAUCUGGCGGAGGACGAUUCCGAAGAGGACGACUUCGGAGAGGAAGGUUCACCAGAGGAGGGCGAUGCGGAUGAUUUGGACGAUGCCUCGAGUGGCGACGAAGACGAUGCGUCGGACGACGCAGAUGAUAAUCUCGAAAGCACGCCAUCUCGAAAUUAUCUUCCUGAUCAUAUAUUCGCUGCUGCUGCUGCUGCAUUACCGAAAGGGCCGCAACGGUCCAAGCCAGCCCUAUCGUCAGAGUCAACGUUGCAAACGCGGAAAAAGCGGAAGCGUUCCGCCAGGAAAACCAAGGACAUUGUAGUCGGCUCGCACGCAGUGCGUACACUACCAGCCGUACACAGGACGUCUGCAAAGACGUCCUUGUCGUACACUCCUGCGAUUGGUGCCACAACUGCGCCCGCUCGUAUCAACCGAUUCGUCUCUAAAUCACUCGCGCUCAAGGGCCAGAAGAAGCGGGCGAGCCAAGGAUGGGAACGAAAGCCAGUCCAUCUCGGGCUAUUCAAACGUGCUGAGGGUGCUCCUGUGACUGGAUUCGUCCGUGGGCAGUGA